AUGGGAAACGAUGAAGCUGCAACACCUUCUAAGGCUGAGAAGGCAUCAGCUUCUGUUCUGGUAUUCCAUCCAUCGUUGAUGGACAUAUUUUCUAAAUAUUCUUUCAGAUCUCUUACUUAUAGUUUUCAUGUUUCUUUAUCGCAUUAUGUUGCCAAUUAUAAUAUUUUUUGGCGUAUUUAUAUGUCAAUAUUUGUUUUGUUUUGGCAGGAACAGAGCAACGUCCAUCCGUACCCUGAUUGGGCCACUAUGCAGGUUUUCUUUUUAACUUUGCAGGUUCGCUUUCGAAAACUAAUACAUUUAUUUGACUGUUCGUUUUUCCCUUCUUUUUUUUUCAGGCUUACUAUGGUUCAGGAAUGGCCAUGCCAUCUCCAUAUUUCGGCACCAAUGUUACUCCUGCUCAUCCACCUCAUCCAUACAUGUGGGCCCCUCCGGUAAAUUAAUUAACCUUUUCUUUGGUCAAUAUCUCAUUUUCAUAUCUUAAUCGGUUAUACCUUCCAGUAAACUUUAAAAUAAAAAUUAAACCGUAGAAAAGAAGGGAGUUUUAUUGGAAUGAAGAGAGCUUGUGUUGUCCAUUUCAUGGAAUAUACUUUGCCUCAUAUAGGGCUGAGUAGACGGAGGGCUCGGGCCAUUAGUGCCUAUGAAUUGUUGCAUGAUCAUGACUUCUCAAUCUUAUAAUGUAUAUGUCGAAACAGAUUCUCAUCUUGAGACAACCAAAUUUUUCCAAACAUUUUUAUGCCUUUUUUUUUCACAUUGUCUCUCAAGCUUCUUUUAUAACACAUACAUCUCUACUAUCAUGAAACUUGGAAUUUGAAAGAGAUAUCUGGAUUUCGCUGAAAGUUGUUUGCUCUGAAUAUUUUAAAUUCCCAUUAAAUAUUUUCAGCUUUUGAGUACCAUAUCGUUCGUCUCAUUAAGGACGUGUUGAUAUUUCAUAUCCUAUUGAAUUUCUUAAAUUUUCCAAGAUGUAUUUCCUGGAAACUUGAACUUCAUUGUCUGUUUAUCUUUUUCAUUCAAUAAGAUUUCGUAUCCUACAACUAACCGGAGCUCUGAUACCAUUUCAUUGAAUUUAGAAUGACUGCAUCAAACGGGUGAUCUUAUUUAACAUAUUAUGCUCAUGAAGCACAAGUUAUAAAAAGACGGAUGCAAUAACCAUCUGUGUAGCUGGUUAUUCUGUCUACAUUUUAAACCCUCUUCACAAAUCACCUCCGCAUUCCACAAUAAGUAUACGCCAUCCUAUGCUGUUUGCUGCUUUUUUUGAAUUUUAAAUGUACCUACCUGUUCAAAAGUUCCCACCCUUGUCCUCAGAGGGCAGAAGGAAGACUGGAGACUCGUGCAGCUUCGAUGGACAACUUUACCUUGAUCCUCUAAAUAUGAGGCACAUUAUUAAAAAUCAAAUUAUUUUUUGAAGGCCAAUUCCCAUAUCCUAUUUCGAAUUAAAUUACUCAUUAUACCUGAAUGCAUAUUCGGUUGUGUAUACGUAUCUAUUUUGAUGUCCUGAAUCUCUCUCUAUCUUCCUGAAUAUGUGACUCUAGGAUAUCGUGCUUUUCUCACCCAGUACGUGAUCCGGUUCUCUAAAUUAAAAACGGACUUGUUUGUGUUGAGUUAUCCUUAAAAACAUUAUCAGAAAACCUACUCUUUGAAUGGUUCUUAUUCAUCAUAUAUUUGCUGCAACUUUUUUCUGCUUUCUUUCAUUUUCUUAAGAGAUAAUUUUUUAUUUAUUUUUCCUUGGUAGAUACACGUAUUAUCAUCUUUUUUUAAGUGGUCUUGACCUCAUUUUUGUUCCCCAGAUUAUGAUGCCACCAUUUGGCGCUCCAUACUCUGCCAUCUACCCACAUGGAGUUUAUUCUCAUCCCUCAGACGCUCUCGUAAGUCAAUCGUGUUGUACAUAUGCUAGUGUGCCUCUGUCAAGUAUUGAACUACCCCAAUUUUUCUAACAGUGGAUACUGGUUUCAAUCUACCGUUCUUUUGAUUUUUUUCAGGGGGAUAAUGCGGCUGUCGUAUCUUCUACAGAGACUAAAGCUGAGGUCUGUGAAGUUCUCCUGAACCUCAGUUUUUUCUUCUGAAAUUAUACUGCGGUUUUGGUAACCAAGAUGCUUUCAUGUUUUCUAAAAGAUGCAUCUUGGUUAGUAUAUUCCAUCAUUCUUGACAUCUGAAGGCUAAGAAAUGGCACAAGCUGUGAAACAAGGAUAUACAUCAACCAAAGGGAAAAAAAUGAAAUUCAGUUAAAAUUAUCCAUUCGUAACAAAACUGGGAAAGGCUUGACUACUUAAAAUAAUUAUGUCAUUACAGGGGACAUAAAAAAGUAUGUCAAUGUCUCAAUCAUUCUAAAGCCCCAUUCAAUAUUCUAUUUUUUUUAAUUUCGACUAUUAUUGUUACAAAGUUUUCUACGUGUAAUCCCAUGACUAUGACUUGCCACCUGCAGACAGUAGUGAUUCAGGGAACACCCGUCAAGUCACCACAUAAUAAAGUGAUGAAAGGACCUGACGAGCUUGCAGUCUCCGCUUGUAAUGCCAGUGAUGAGAAUGAGUCGGGAAGUGUUGCAGAUGUGAUGUCACAAAGGUUCUUUUAAAUCUCGUACCAUCAUUGAAGCGUUCCUAGUGACAGAUUUUUUUCUCAUUGAUUUAUGGUGAUAUAUAUAUAUAUAUAUAUAUAUAUAUUCAUUUAUUUAUUUUCCAUUGAUCAGUGAAAGUGAAGUUAAAGACUCGAGUGAUGGAAGCAACAAGAACAAUGUUAAAAGGGUAUGCAUUUCAAUCUGAUGCUUUUAAAAUUUCUGCUCUGCAUCAUAGGAUUCCAACCUGAAACUUCUUGGUUGGCCAGGCUUAUCAUACUCUGGGGAAUCGAGCGUCACAUGAUAUUGCUACAGGUACGUUAUUUUCGCUGUCCAAAUUCUUAAAUUGCAGAAACUCUUUUAAUGGGCGCCGAUAAAGAUUAGGGCUACGGCUCUCUGGUUAUUAUACCAAGCGUGUGGGUGGCUUGAUUAUACUAUUCCUUCAACAUGCUUUAGAACAGUAAUCCAAUCAAUCUCAUACUCGGUAGUAUUUUUUUGAUCUGUCUUUUUAUUAUAUUGGUGAAACUAUCCAUAAAUAAUUGAGUGCUUGUGAGGGUACCCUGUAUCUUCUAACGUCUCAUUUUUUCAUUGCCUUGACGCAACUGCUGCAGGAAGGCCUGCCCCUUCUGACGCCACCACAGAAACCGGGGUCAGGCUCUCUGCUCCUGCAGAUCCAAAGCUGGCGGUCCACGUUCGUCUGGUAAAUCCCCUCCAUAUAAUGAUCCUUUUCCAUGUGGACAAUAAAGUAACCUCCAGUAAAACAUAAAUCAUAAAAAUAUUUAUUUUGGGUUCAUCUGGUUCGUCUCAUCUUCUCAAAUUCUUGCAAACCUUGGGAGAAUGUUUCGGUGUAAAUGGGCCAAUCCAUUUAGUUCUACUAGUUUUCAGAUGAUUUCUCUAAUGUAGUAUCUAGGGCACAUAAUAUCCUUUAUGAUGCUACUUAUGGCAUUCAAUGAUACAUCUGGGUCGUUGGAUAAGAGUAUGCUAUGGCUUGCUAUUUUAAGACCUGACACAGAUGGCAUCCAGGGUAUCAAUCAGGCCAGAUUAUUAGCCAUGAACAGCAAGUAUUCUGGUGUAAGCUUAAGUAACCUUGCCUCGUUGACUUUUUACCUUUAGACGCCAGAACCGGACUUACGAUUUUGAAGCUCAAUUAGACUGAUGGAGUACAGAGGGAUAGGAAAGUCAACGAAGAUCGGAAUGGUUUUCUCCAGAGCGAAAAACUGGCCGACUUCCUGGGUCACAGCGUUUGAGCCGGACACUCGUGUUCUUGAGCUUUAGAGAAACCAAGGGUUUGGGUUGUUUUCUGUCUUACUGAAACUAGAAGGUGGCAUCUUAUGUUGGCGUCACAUUUUUCUCAGGACGACCGGGAAUUGAAGAGACAGAAGAGGAAACAAUCCAAUAGAGAAUCUGCCAGAAGGUCACGGCUCAGGAAGCAGGUACCCAGCACUACUGCUACUACUAAUAGUAAUUAUUAUUACUAUUUUAAGCUUUUUAUUGUCUACUGUAAUGGUUCCAUCUUCUUCGUUUUUUUAAUAAUUCCAGACCGAAACUGAGGAACUUGCUCAAAAAAUAGACUCCCUGGUCGCCGAGAACUUGGCACUCAAGUCAGAAGUUAGUCAACUCUCCAAGGAUUCGGCGAGGCUCCGGCUUGAGAACUCAGCCCUUGAGGUAUACUUCCUAGCAUCACCUGCACGCCAAUUCUCUCAGAAAAAAUCUGCUCCAUUCUGCUUCUGGUUUACUCCCCAUUAUAGAUUUAAGUCUCCCUCGUUUACUUUUAUCAGAUUAUUCAACCAUCGCGACCAAUUCAGGCAAUAUAUCCCCUGUUCUUGAGUAAACUAAAGUCAACGCCCUCCCCCACGCCCCCUCAUCCCUCCCUCUCAGGAUAAACUAAAGGAGGCGCAGUCGGUUUCUUCUUCUACCAAGACCGAAUCGGGGAACCCUGCCUCUGCGGUCACGGAGAACUUCUUGUCGAGGAUCAGCAACUCGCCCUCCACUACCAGGAGCGAACCGCCGUCGGCGGAGAGCCCCGGAAAGCUCCGCCAGCUCCUGGAGUCCAGCUCCCGGGCCGGCGCCGCAGUAGUGGGUUGA